UUUUUGAUGAAGAAUUCUCUAGUCGUUUUGAAAAAAGUUAGGUGAUGUAGGCUCAAUGUUGUCGGUGAAAACCACAUAAAAUUAAUUUUAAUUAUUGGAUCUAGUGCUAUAAGAACCCACAAAAUAUAUUCAUAUUGAUGUACAAGUUUGGCCCUAAAUUAAAAUUUUCUUACCAAAACAAUCGCCAAUGGGUAGUGGUAAUGUCUUUAUUUUCGCAAUCAUAUUACUAAUACUUUUAGCAUUUGAUACUAGAGCUUUUAGGAUACCAACAGGCCCCUACCAUUUCCUUAUACUUUGUUGGCAAUGGCCUCAAUCAUAUUGCAAUACUGGCGAUAGAGUAUGUGAAAGGCCGGUUAGAAAUAAAUUUACUAUACAUAGUCUCGCGCCAGCGUAUAAGGUCGUACAACCACCGUAUACGCAAUUCUGGUUUGUUCCUCCUUAUAGUGAAGAAAAUGGAUGUACAACUGCGGAACCAGAAGACCCAUAUAAUAUUACGAGUGAUCUAUUUGCUACAAUAUCCGAUGAUAUGCAGACGUAUAUGCCAGAUGUUGCACAUCGAAGUUUCUCUGGGAGGAGUGAAGAUUUUUGGCGGACUCAAUUUGAGAGACAUGGAAUGUGUUUUGAUAUUCCUAACCAUCCUCUCUUUUAUUUCUUGGUAACAUUGCAUCUUGCGAGAAAGUAUGACUACAUCCUUGAUAUAUUCAACCAAGCUCAAAUCGUUCCCGGAAAUGAACAUGUUCUUCGAGACAUUAUAGUCGCUAUAAACGGUAAUUUACGAAAAGUGACUACAAUUCGUUGCAAUGAAGACUCGGAUGGACGUAAACAAUUAAAUGAGGUUUGGCUAUGUUUCAAUAAAGAGUUGAAAAUGAUAUCGUGUCCAUAUCAAACAUUUAAUUGUCCUGACAAGCAGCAAAGCAUUUGGUUCCAUUCUGCUUAUCCGGCAAAUUAA